GCGCAGUCUACGAUGGUUCCCCCAUUUUGCCUGUUGAGCUGCUAACGGCAGCUAGCUUCUUGUUUUUGUGCCUCUUGUAUCUUCAUUUAUGUUUGGUUUUUAUUUGUAUUUCUUGGCUGGGAGAGAAACUCUAGUAAGAAGGUACCGGCCCACCCACUGAGGUCCGACCCGGAGGCCAGAAAGAUGGACGGGGGAGAGGAGGAAUUCAUGUCCGAUGAUGGAGGCGGCACCCCGGUUCAGGAUGAGCAUCCUCAAUCCGAUGGCGAGGACAUGAGAAGCGACGGCCAUCAGUCAGAGGACGAGGGCAGCAACGAUGAAGACGCCUCCAAUGCCAUGGAAACGGGCGGCGCAGCUAGCAGCUCAGACACAGAGGAGCGCCGCAAGGCAGACAGCGACUCUGAUGGCGAGGCCCCCGGUGGCCACAAUGACAAAAGUGACUCGGAGGCGGAGGCUCCGCGGCCGGCAGACAGCGAUGACGAGGACACUGCAGUCAAACACAGGAUGAGCGGCUCAGAAAACGAUGAGGAGGAGUCGCCGGAGAAAAGAAGGGCGAGCAGGUCGGACAAUGAGGAGUCGUCUCCGGUCAAACCCGCAGCGUCCGACAACGAGGAGGAGGAGGACAGGUCCCCCGUUAGACGCAGAGGGAGCAGCUCAGAGGUGGAGGACGGGGAGGACACUGCCAAAGCCGCCGCUCACAGCGACUCUGAGAACGAAGAGGAGAAACCUGCCGUGUCUCCGGACCGGCGCUCUGACAGUGACUCUGAAACAGAGGCGCCCACCAGGCGCAAGGCGGCGGCAGUGGACUCAGAGGAGGAGGAAGGAGAAAGCGGAGGGAAGUGGAAGGGGGUGAUGCAGUCUGACAGCGAGGAGGACGAAGGAGUACGAAGGAAGAAAGCUGCAGCUGGAAGUGAUGAAGAGCAGCAGGAGGAAGGCAAGCAGCAGAGAGAGGACAGCGAUGAAGAAGACGAGAAACCAGUGAAGAGGAAGAAGGCCAUCCUGUCUGACAGCGAAGACGAGGACGAGGAUAAGGAAGACAAACCAGUUAAGAGGAGUCGGGCGGUGUCCGAUGAUGAGAACUCGGGUAGCGACGACGCUUCCGACGGUCCGGAUAAAAGCCUGGCAGCCAAGCUGAGGGAGCUCGGAUCAGACAGCGGGAGCGACGAGGACGACCAGGCCAGGCCCGCGACGGAAAAGGAUGAGAAGGCUCUGUUCGGCAGCGACAGCGACUCCGGAGAGGAGCAAGAGAAAAUUAUCGCCGAUAUCUUUGGAGAGUCCGGAGAUGAAGAGGAGGAGGAGUUCACGGGCUUCAACCAGGAGGAACUUGAGGCCGACAACAAGCAGCCAAAGGAGCAGCAGCAGGCGGUGGAGGAGUCGGACUCCGAUGAAGGGGUGGACCGCAGCGGGCAGGACACGAGCUUCAUGUCCGAUUUCGACAUCAUGCUGGCCAAGAGAAAAGCCAUGAAUAGUCGGAAGAGGCGACAUCGCGACGGAGGAACGUUCAUCAGCGACGCUGAUGACGUUGUUAGCGCCAUGAUAACCAAGAUGAACGAGGCUGCAGAGGAGGAUCGGACUCUGAACAGCCAGAAGAAGCCGGCGCUGAAGAAGCUGACGUUGCUGCCGCAGGUCGUUAUGCACCUGAAGAAACAGGACCUGAAGGAGACCUUUAUCGACAGUGGAGUGAUGUCAGCCAUCAAAGAGUGGAUCAGCCCUCUACCGGACAAAUCGCUGCCUGCCCUGAGGAUCAGAGAGGAGCUGCUCAGGAUCCUGCAGGAGCUUCCCAACGUCAGCCAGGAAACCCUGAAGCACAGCGGGAUCGGCCGCGCCGUCAUGUUCCUCUACAAACAUCCCAAAGAAUCGCGUGCCAACAAAGACCUCGCUCUGAAGCUCAUCAAUGAGUGGUCCCGGCCGAUCUUCGGUCUGACCUCCAAUUACAAGGGGAUGACGAGAGAGGAGCGGCAGCAGAGGGACCUGGACCAGCAGACGCCUCAGAAACGCCGACUGAGCGAGCCUCAGAAGGUGGAGAGGGCGGAGGAACCCGACGUCUUCUCUCCACCCAGCAGCGCUGGAGGCCAAACGCCCCGCAGAGACCUGGAGAAGCAGCUCACCGGAGAGGAGAAAGCUUUGCGACCCGGUGACCCUGGGUUCUGCGCCCGAGCUCGUGUUCCGAUGCCUUCAAACAAGGACUAUGUGGUCCGACCCAAAUGGAACGUGGAGGGGGAAUCCAGCAGGAGCGGCUAUAAGAAAGCAAUGAACCUGCUGGAGAAGCACAAGCGGCGCUUCUCCGAGCAGAGGAAGCUUCGGCGGCCGCAGGGAGCCGUGAAGAUCAGCAUAGAGGGGAACAGGAUGCCGCUGUAGCUCCUGCUGCUCGCCUGCAGGGGGCAGGGCCAGUGAAGAAGGGUUUGUCUCGGGUCGAUAAACAGAUGCGUAGAUUUGCAGACAUCCGGCGGCUGACGAAGACGGGUCACGCCGUGAAGAUCAGCGUGGAGGGGAACCGGAUGCCACUCUGAUAAACUCCAUAUCUAUUUUUUUAGGAUCUCUUUGUUUUUGUUGUUUUGUUUUAAUGUGGUUUUCUCCCAGUGCCGCCCUCCUCAGGUUCAGCUCUGCCUCUCUCAAAGGGCUUCUUAAAGAAUGUGAUUUAUCUGCUGUAAAGUUUUCUGGUCUACGAACAAAUUCAAUAAACUCUCCAACACGGC